UUUAAAAUUCAAAAAUAUUCAAAAGCUCGACAACUUCGUUUAUAUCUCCCUGCCCCCUCACUCCUCCUAUCAUCACUUGCACUCUCCUCAGUCUCUUAAAUCGAAUCGAACUUUUUCGAAGAAGAUGAAGGCGUCGAUGAGGUUCCGGGAAGAGCAGAAGCCGAUUUUGAAAGCUAAGGUCCCUUUGAGUCUUUUAGGAUUACCAUUUCAAUCAGGUAUCGUCGCCGGUGAAUCAAAGGAGCUUAGUCUCAAUCUCUCUACCUUCUUCGAAUCUGGUCCAUCCUUCAAAAUCGCUUACCGUCCCAACGACACGUGGAACCCGUUCUCGGUUAUCGUCAAAACCGGUACCGGAUCUUUCGGUUCGCCGAUCUCUAGCUCCAUGCUCAUGACCGCCGAGUUCAAUCUCGUCGGAAAAGGUAAUCCUAGCUUCAUGCUUCACUUCGAAUCUCGGUUCGGCGAUUUCUCCAUUAAAAAAUCACACUCGUCCUCCUCCUCCUCUGCCUUCUCUGCCUUCAAAUCGAUGAAGGGAUCUGUGUCGGAGGAGGAUUCGUCUAUUGAUGUUCCGGCGGUUAACGGCGGCUACGCCGGAGCAUUUAAAAGAGUCACGGUUCUGCCUUCUGCGUGUGCCGGAGAUAUCGCUGGAAUGAUCUCCGGUGUUGAUGUCGCGGCGAGGACGUCUUUCCCGUUGAGAGGACGCGCCGUCGUGAAUUUCCGAUGGGGAAUUAAGGUUCCGACAGAGAUCAAGCAUGGUUUUGGUUUUAAUCCGACGGCUGAGAUUUCGCUUAGGAGAAUCCCUUUCUUGGUUAUGAAUAAAAUCGCAAUCGAACACGUGGACGGUUCGAAUGCUGAACCAACGAAUAAACCGGGUCAGGUUUCCGGUUCUGGUUUACCCGGAGGAAGUGCUGACGUGGCUGAGGCUUGUUUGGCUGUGAGACGGCAGAUGGAAGAGCUUCGAUCGGAGAAUUCACAGUUAAAGAGAUCCGUGGAUGAUCUCCGGCAAGAGAUUUCAAAUGUCCGGCCAUUCCCGCCGGCGCCGAUGGAUUGCGGUUCAUCAUCGAAGGUCGAGAAUAAGAGAAAGACGACUGAUUAUGGCGGGAAGAAAAAUGUCGCUGCGGAGGAACUGAAGAAAGCUUGAAAGGACUUUGUGAAUAUCAGAAUAUAUAUGUUUUUUGAAUAAUAUAAUUGUUAUGAUUAUAGCAAUAUAUAUUGUUUCCAUGCCUUUAUAUAAUAAAUAUUGUUAUGCUUACGGAAACAGAUAAUUAAAAACAUAGUAUAAUAUAAUGAUUGGUAAUA